AAAAAGAAUAAAACGAAUGAGCGUACGUAUUAUAUAUUAUAAAAAGUUUUUUUUUUUUCAUUAGACUACAUUCUAUUUCCGACGUAUGGUUUCCGCACGUACCUAAUAUUGAGCGUGAACUUGGAAUAUAAACAUGAAAUUCGUUGUAAAUAUGCAACGAAAUCUGAACCUGUUUCAUAUGCAACGAGUCCGAGAUCCCUAGCCAGUAUCCUGCCGACUGCGAGAACGUUUGGUCUUGAACUUGGAGAACUUUGAGGGGGACAUUUGCCGGUACCCAAACAAUGUCAUUGAACCGCGUAGUAGCCAUCACGGGUUGCGACAGUGGGCUGGGUUGGGCCCUAGCCGCGCGGUCCGCCCGUGAAGGCCUCGUCACAGUGGCUGGCAUGUACCGAGGAUCUGACACCCCCGCUGCCAAGGCCUUGGAGAAGCUGCGUGUGAGGCCCUACCCGCUGGAUGUGACAGACGCCAAGAGCGUUGAAGGGUUUCGGGAUUAUGUUAUGUCCGUCAUAACUGAUAACCCUCGAUACAAAUUGUAUGCAGUUGUCAAUAACGCGGGAAUAAUGACAAUAGGGGACUACGAAUGGCAGACAACGAACAUGAUAGAAUCUACCGUCAAUGUGAACCUUCUGGGAGCAAUGAGGGUCGCGUCGGCUUUCUUACCUGAUCUGAGGAGAACUGUUGAUGGUUCAUCAAAGCCGCGCAUCAUCAAUAUAGCCAGUCACUGCGGACUGCAUCCUCUGCCUGCGCUAGGGCCAUACAGCGCAAGUAAAGCAGGCCUCCUUGCGUGGACACGUGCUCUCAGACUGGAGUACUGGUCACAUGGGGUCACUGCCGUGGCUUUUCUUCCAGGGGGUUUCAUCGGUUCAAGCAGUAUAAUGUCAAAUCAAGUAGCCCUCGGUAAUGCAAUGUUGGAGCAUCUAAAUGAAGAACAGAAAUCAUUUUAUGGAAAACGAAUUGAAGCCUUAUCAAAAUAUUUAGAGUUUGCAUCCAAAGACACAAAUUUCGAUGCGUUGAAAGACGAAAAUAUAAUCGAAACAUUCGUAAAAGCCUUGCUAGAUGAAAACCCGAAGGAACUUUACAAAGUGGAAUCGUGGAGAUACAUGUUUUAUUACAAUUUGUUAAAGUUACCACUCCCAGAAGGCGUACAGCAUUGGUUAAUAAAAAAGUUUGUUAAUUUUCCUGAAGGCGUAUAAAUAAAACUGUAUUUUUUU